CUGACUUUAGGCAAAUGGAACAACAGUUUGCGACUGGCAGCGCACCGGUCCACGUUUUGGCGAUGUGUCGUUUCGAAGCCAGUUGCUCGAGUGAUUCCAUGACACAUUUAACCGUUGAGAGGGUGAAUACGAGGAAGAUAACACGAUACACACGCAUGGAAAAGGUACAAGUUGGUGCUUGACACAAUUUGUCCGUUUUUGGUCGUUCGUCUUCGAAGAACGUUGCGCGUGCGAGUAUCCGUUUAUAUAUUCGUAUCGCGUCUGAAAAGAAGUGAUUAGUGUGGUAGAGAGGAACGGUAGCAGAGAAGAAACUGAUUUCAGUGUGCGAGAGAAAGAUCAAGAUAGUGAGAGAAAGAGGUGGGGCAACAAAUAGCGGAGAAAAAGAAAAAAGUAUACUACAUAACCUACAGAACGAACACACAAAGCACACACGCGCGCAUGUGCGCGCGUGUGUGUAUGUACUGUACUGUAGAUGAAUACAUACACGUAUUUAUGCAUAUAUAGAAAGAGAAGAAGAAGAGAAGGGCGGUGUGAGGGAGGUUGAAGGUGGUCGCGUGGGGGAGAGAGCGAGGAAGUGAGCAAGUGAGUGAGCGAGUAAGAGGUACACAGAGAACGAAGCCAAGAGUGACAGAGAAAGCUACACACGCGUAUUGGAAGAAGGGAAAUAGGAAUUAAAAAAGAUACGCUAGUGUGUUACAUGUGCGACACGAUGUUUCGUGAGUGGUAAGACCCGCGUGGGAUUAAAAGUCGCGAAACAAAACAAUCCAUAAACUUUCUCUUUUUCGUUUGGUUGCUCGCAAAUCGAUCAUCGAUGAUACAUUUUAUCAAAACCAUCGACGCGCACGAUGCAGAAACAAGUUGAACGAGAAAUAUUCGAUUCGAAUUAACAUUCGUACGGUGGAGUAUACUGUACACCAGUAUUAAGUUCGCUUUGAAUAACAAAGAAAAAAAAGGUGAAAAAGUAACGGCAACAAAAGAAGAAGAAGAAGAAGAAGAAGGAUUAUAAUAAAAAGAAGAGAAAAGAAGAGAGGAGGACAAGUAGAUGGAGAAAGAAGGGAAUACAAAGUAACGUGAAGAGCAAAGAAGAAGAAGAAGAAGAGGAGAAGAGGUUUUUAAGAAACGCGUGUUGUAUAUGCGUGCGUGCAUGCAUGCGUGUGUGUGUGUACAUAUAUUCAGGCAAUAUGGAGGAAAGUCAGCUGUUGAUGACGGAACUUCCGGCAUUAACGCCAAGCCGCGGUACAACGUUGCUUCAUCGUUCGGGACACUAUUAUCAAUUGCACCAGCCGCACCUAGCGAUUCCAACGUCUCAAAGUCAAGCGAUCCUUUAUAAUUCGAGUAAUACGCCGCAUUAUACAAGCGGUGCAACGAGCGUGCCGGCGUACGCUCAAGGCGGCAUUUCGUCGAGGCAACAACCUCAAGUGGCUCGCGGUGCUGUCACAGCGAGCACCCACAUUUCUUCCCUCUAUCCCGAAAUAUUGGCGUUAAUUUUUAGUUACCUCGAGGUCAGGGACAAAGGACGGGCGGCACAAGUGUGCACCGCGUGGAGGGACGCGGCGUAUUACCGGUCCGUCUGGCGUGGGGUCGAGGCGAGGUUACAUUUAAGAAAGCAAGCGCCGGCGUUGUUUGCCAGUCUCGUGAGAAGAGGAGUGAAAAGGGUUCAGGUGUUAUCCCUGCGACGUGGUCUCGGCGACGUUCUAAAAGGUGUGCCAAACUUGGAAGCGUUAAAUCUUUCCGGUUGCUACAACAUUACCGACGCGGGUUUGAUCAACGCUUUUUGCCAGGAGUACUCGACCCUAACGGAACUGAAUUUAUCAUUGUGCAAACAAGUAUCGGACAUUUCACUCGGUAGGAUAGUGCAGUAUUUAAAGAAUCUCGAACAUUUAGAGCUCGGCGGUUGCUGCAAUAUAACUAAUAACGGACUCUUGUGUAUAGCGUGGAAUUUGAAAAAAUUAAAGAGACUCGACUUACGGAGCUGUUGGCAGGUAUCUGAUUUGGGUAUCGCCCAUUUAGCCGGUGUCAAUAGGGAAGCAGCCGGUGGUAACUUCGCGUUGGAACAUUUAAGCCUUCAGGACUGUCAACGACUUAGCGACGAGGCACUCAGGCACAUAUCCAUCGGUCUCGCCACCCUCAAGUCUAUCAAUCUUUCCUUUUGCGUAUGCAUCACCGAUUCAGGCGUCAAACACUUGGCCAAGAUGUCCAGUCUACGAGAAUUGAAUCUUCGUUCUUGCGACAAUAUCUCGGACAUCGGUAUGGCUUAUCUCGCGGAAGGUGGCAGCAGGAUAUCCUCGUUGGACGUUUCGUUCUGCGACAAAAUCGGUGAUCAAGCCCUCGUCCACAUCUCCCAAGGACUGUUCAAUUUGAAAUCCCUCUCGUUGUCCGCGUGUCAGAUCAGCGACGAGGGUAUAUGCAAGAUCGCCAAAACGUUACACGAUUUGGAAACGUUGAAUAUCGGUCAGUGCAGCAGAUUAACGGACAAAGGAUUGUACUCGAUCGCCGAGAGUAUGAAGCAUUUGAAAUGCAUCGAUCUUUACGGAUGCACCAGGAUAAGUACCAACGGUUUGGAAAGGAUCAUGAAGUUGCCGCAGCUGAGUACGUUGAAUCUUGGUCUUUGGCACGUGCGGUGAUGGCUUUUUUAAACGAAACAAAAUAUUAAGAAACGGUGUAUUACAACACAGCAUAUUUGCGUCCCUACUAUACUCUCGUACGUACGAAUGACGAAGGUGUUCCCUCGGUGCCUGCGGAACUUCGCCGGAUACAUAACCAUGCCGAUCGAUCAUUUAUUUCUUUUCUUUUUCUAUUUUUUUUUUUUUUUUUUUUUUUUCUAUCACCUAAUAUACCUCUCUCACUUUUCGCAUUUUUAUAAAAAUCAUCAAGGCCAGCAACGAAACGCCCUCCUUUCAUUCGCUUUUUAACCGCGAUGCGAUCACCGUUCUAACCGACGUUCCUUCGAUUUUUCCUCUACAUCCUAAAUGAUCUUUAUAAUUACGCAUCUUUACAUCUUUCCAACGGAAUAGCUUCGUUCAUUGUCCACACUCCGUGUCGGGGAAUAAUUUCGAGUAAUAACGAAUUUCUUCUGUUAACGAUCAAAGUAGGACUCGCCCGAUGUGUUUGUGCUUUCUUUAUGCUUCUUCCAAGCGCAAAUAGGCAGAACAGAAGGCGUGUGUGUACGUCGAGCCGCUGUUUCUUUACUCGUUUGUAACAACUGUGCUCUUGUACACGCGAUAUUCCGUUGUAAAUCUUUAUCUUUAGUCAGUAUCGCGACCGAUUUAGCCAAAGUAUCGUUUACAAGUAUAUAAUUGUGCAUGAGACAAUUGGUUGAAAAACAUUUUGAUAACCCCUUGCUGGCCUGUGACUGGAUCACUUGUAGACCGAUUUUAGUAAUUUUUAUCACGUAAGAAUGUGAAUUUUUAUUUACAAUUGAUGAAAGAUUUUAUUUUUAAUUAAAAUGUCAUAGGCUUACAAGGGUUAAUGAGAGUUACGUGUUAAUUUUAUGUUUUUCUAUUUUGGUUAUCUAACCUUUCUGUUCUUAUUAUAAUUAUAUACUUCAUUUUCGAUUGAUCUCUAUAUUAUACGAACACCCUGUUAAGUUUAAUGUAGAAGAAACGUAAGGAUCUUAUAAGAAAAAUAGUCUCACGUUUCUGUUUCUUUCUUUUUUCUCAUUCAUGUGCCUUUUACGAGAGCAUUGGAUUUGUUGCUUGAUCAAAGAACCAAUUUUCUUUCACCACUUUCAGAAUUAUUAGGUUGGUGUCUAUGAAAUGUCAUUAUUUCAAUUAAGUUCUCACAUUUCAGGGGAAGGUAGAUGUUUUUAAUUGAAAUAGGAAAAAUUAUUAGAGAACGUGUUAUAUUUGUGUUAUAAAACAUCAAAUAUAAUAAUGUUAUAAGGUUACUUUUCGGUUUAAGUUCGAAACAAAAUGGCGAGACGAAAGUAAUAAAUAUAAUACGAUUGCAAUUUCUCUAUAAUUAAGAAUUACCAUAGAGUUUUCAUAGUAUUCGGUGUGUUAAUUAACGCUUGGAAUCUAAUAUCGUAUGUGGAUCACCGAAAUUCCGUGGAAUUUGUACCGUGAACCCCUACGGUAGAUCACCAUAGCAACAUUUAGGUUAUUACACCAGAAAGUUGAAUUUUUUCGAGAACUACAUUUUAUAUCCACCAACCUAAUAUCUCGUAAGUUAAUACCAAAGAAAAUACGAAGGUUAGAACAAGAGAAUCGUGUCUAGUUCGUUUGUUCUUAACAUUAUUAACUUUUGCAAUACCGGGGGGCGAUACCUAGUGUCCGCCAUUACUGUCUCAAGAAUCCCCGCGAAAACAGGUACAUAUUUAAAAAUCUGUAAUUUUCAGAAUUUAUAAAACUGUUUAUAUUCCACUUUUAGAUAUUGGUAUUGCAAUAGUUAAUUAAUUAUUUCGAUGUGAGAUUCCUUGUAGACAGAAAGGAUCGUUAUUGUUUGUUGGUUAGCAAAAAUCGUUGUUCUUUUUUUCUCCUUGAUGAAGCGUACGUGGUGUAUUGUAAUCGAAAGGAUGUUAUUAAUAAUGUGCGAUUCAAAUAGGUCCCACGUGUUGCCAUUGGCGUAACUAAGAUUUAUGUUCAAGAUGGGCCAUCUUUCCUAGCUUUACUAAAAGCAUUGCUUAAAUUUAAUAUAAUUUUUACUCAUCAUUUUACGUAAUAACACGUUAAUUACCACAAGGAAUUUAUUCUUUUUAAUUACUGUUCAAAGGGACACAUUUUUGGGGGCCCUCUAUGAUCCUUGCCUAGUUACGCCAAUGCAUGUUGUAUGAUACCACUUGACACUACUGUACAUACUUGAAACAGACGUUCUAUUUUAUGCAAAUUAUACAAGAAUCAUGCAUCUUUUUUCAAAGAUUGCGUAAACGUAAGUAGAUAGAUAAAGGGAAUGAAAGUUAGGUCGAAAUAUAUUUAAAUUGCAUCGAAUGCACCAUCAGAUUUCAUCGAUUGAAGAUGAAAAUAUAAUUUUGUUUUCUUUGCGUUUAUUAUGCAUAGAAAGUAUCAGUUUGUUACUGAUUUUCUUUCAGUAUUCUUUCUUUCAGAAACAAAUUGUAUCCAUUAACGUUGUAUUUGUUGAAAGAUGUAUUUUGUUAUAAAGAACAUACGCGAUGAACACCGAAUACAUUCGACUAGAAUUUCUUAAGAGCACAAGAGAAAUUUUAGUUGGAUGUAAUGGAAACACUCGUUCGGAUCGAUGUAUGAAAAUAAUAGCAAUAUUUCUUUUUAUUAAAUUUCCCAUCUUUAAUGGUACCUUCGAUACGUAUUUUCACGCGUGCCUUGUUUUUACAAGUGAAUUUUUGUAUCGCCUAGAAUAAUAAAUUUUUAUGAAAAAAAUAAAAAUUCUUUUUCUGAUAAUGUGAUGGUACAUUCGUUAGAAACAUGGCAAACGUGUUUCAGAAUUUUCUCGUUGAUGCAGCGACAAGUGAUUGCGUUUGUUAAUUCUUUAUAAUAUAUUUCUUUAACUGUUAAUAAUAAUUCGUUCGUAUUUUUGUAUAAACACAUUCUUUUUUUUUUUAACAUCCUUCACCUCACAUAAUUCCCUAUAAAAUUCUUACAUGUUUGAUCGUUAAAAUGGUUGUUGUUUUCUUUUCUUUUGAAUUACAAUUGCAUAACAUGUAAUUUUUUAUAAAGAAAUUUAGAUUUCACAACGAUAAAAUAUUGUUAAUUACGUAUACGAUUCAAAAUAAGAAACUGUAGCUUAAGGAGUAAGAGAUUAAUCAUGAAUUGUAUAAUGAAAUGAUGAACUUCUUGAAAAAUUAUGUGUUCAUCGAAACAAUUACGGUGCUAUUCUUCUUGCAAACGUUUCAUUAAUAUUUUUACAUUUUUAUGCAAUUUUAUAUAUGUAGAUUUCUUUCCUUCUUCCAUAAAUGGCAUCUCGGGACCAUUAUUUCAUUUUUCAUUUGUUUCUACUUUUCCUUUUUUUUUUAAUUAAUUCUUACAUCGUGUUAACCGGAAAUUAAAAGAACAUAGAUGGCACUGAGCCCUUAAAAAUUUAACAAAUUUUUAGAAUUACAAAGUUAACAAUAAUGAAUCAUCAUUCUUUCGUCAAUAAGAAUGAAGAAAAUAGCAUAAAGGAAGCACAACCGGUCUUAAUUUACUAUUUUAACACUACAAAAUUCUGAAAACUGACAAAAACAAUCAGACGAUUGAUACCUGUACAAUGAACGAAGCUGUUGAUUUUAUACACGUAUACAUAGCGUGUUUAAGAUAAGAUAAAAAUUCAAAUUGAAUUGUAUUUGUCACGGUGUAAUCAAACAAUUAUUCGUAUUCAGAAUAUUGUCAUUCUGAAGAGAAAUCUACUAUUAAUUACAAUUAAAUUUCUUUUUCUAACAAGUCAAAAAACAAAACAACGAUAGAAGGUACUUAUUAAUUUGCGGUACAAUUCUCGAUAAUUGUUCUAACCUAUAACUAACUUAUAGCUUGGCGGGUUCCACCGGACCCCAUAGAAAUGUUAAGAAAUCUACAGGUAAUUAUAAAAAUAAAAAGAGAAUAAUGUGAAUUGUACUUAUCACUUGAUUUGAAGAGACAUUCUUGCCGUAAUACACCGUGCACUAUGGUGCGCCAUUUCUACUGUGUCAGUCGAUAUAUCGAUAAUUCUAUUCGUUUACGAUUACAUCGAUAGAAGUCGAUUGCCGUUCGCGUUCACUUCAAACGAAAUGUUUAUUUAUAAAUUUGAAAAGAGGAGGGAAGGUGGGCAUUGUGCAAAAGUGGUGAACACCGAAAGGAAUAACGAUAAAGUGGAACGAGAGGAAAUGUAGGGACUACUGUAAAUCGAAAUGUCUCAACGUAUCAAGCUAUUUUCGUUUUCUUACCGUUGUAUAAGCUUUUACAUGUAUAGAAACGAACGACGGAUCAGAGAGUGUCUUUUCGGCGCGCCGAAUUCAAAAGCUACUCUAUUAUUUAGAUGUUAGAUAGAAUUAAAGGGGGAAAAAAAUACAAGUUUGCGCGUGAUGACUGUAAUUUAAAUUAAUUACCGUUUAUGGUAAAAAAAAAACCACGUUGCAUCCUAAACGAUCAAUUAGAAAUGAAAUAUUUUAAUAUUACGUUUGAUAAUGAUCACCAAAUAUUUUGUACGUAUUUCAACGUUACGAGUUCAUUUGUACUUCUUUGUUUGAUAAAUAAUACAUUAUUCGUUCCGAAUCGUUUAGCAUGUAACGAAAGAACCGAAUGAAAAUUAGUUGAAGUAAUUUUCAUUUAACUGUGAUCGUAUUCCAUUGUUUAUGGGAGAAUUUUUAACUCGCGUGUUCUUAUUCGAAGCAUUCCAUUUAUUGUACGUUCUGGAAGAGCCAAAGAAAAUCAUAUUAUAGUUGACAAUACAAAAAACUAACGAAGAUUUAAAUGAAAUUCAGUAUCUCUUUGGCUCGAACAAAGACGAUAAAAAUAAUUUUAAUUUUCUCUUUUUAUUUGUUUAUUGGUUUUCAUUCCGCCUCACAUGAUAAUUGCGUAGAUAGCGGAGUAGAAAAGAAUUGUACUGUUGGAUAUGAAAAUGGUCACAGAAUACUUAUAUUAAAUUUGUAAACGUUAUAGAUAGUUUCAUAAUAAUUCGACUAAUUUUCUCGACACGAAAGGUCGUUUUUUUUUUCGCAUCCAACAGUAGAAUUUGUAUUCUUUCGGAAGAAACAAAGAGAAAGAGAAAGCAUAAAAUAAUAUUCAACUAUCAUGUAGUUGGUUGUACGUAAUAAGGAAAUAUUGUGUACGUACACAGGAGAAGAGGAAUUCGGCCUGCUGAUCGCCUCCGUCCGUAUCGCACUUUGUAAUUAUGUACUGUAAAUAUUCAACGACGAAUAUGUUAGUAAAUACACGCGCAUUGUGUGAUUGUAAAUAUCGAACAUGAAAGAAAUGUUUGUUAAAUAUAGAAUACGUUAAGUUUUUCAAAA